AUGCCCCUGCGAUGCAGUUUCCUGCAAUACGCGGCUUCAUCAAUCGUCACUUUUGACUGCCUGCUUGGAUUUUCAGGCUAUCGCAUUGCUAGCCGCAAACACUCCGCUAGUAAUGGCCAUGAGUAUCCAAACGAAGCACCGUUAGCUCCUGGGUUUUCGGUUGAUACGCUGGCGGUGCAGCAAGCGCGAGUGUGCUCGGCAACGCCCCCACAAUCAAAUGAUACAACAGGUGGAUCACACUUUGAAAUUGACGUGAAUAUUUACGGUGUGAACGUUGUUUCCUGCGUGGAAGUAGCACGUGGACAACGACUGAGGAGACCGCCAGAGACAUUGAAGGCCCACCGUGAAAAAUGGAGUUUGAAAAGAACGCAUUGA